CAGGUCGCCGCCACAGAUGCAGGGAAGGGCGGAGUUUUGUAAUGGCAGGUGGCCAUGCGAACGAGAAAGAAGGGAAAGGAAUGGCCAUGUGACAUUGUGACCCCAAGCCAAACACCGCAACACGCAGUCGCGCCUUCCCCAGUCACCAACACGCCGAGGAACUCCAUUUCCACCGCAUCUCAGGACGGAGUGAUGCCCUGCCAACCGCCUCGAUCGUGGCGGCCCGUGCAUCCGGAGUGAGUUUUGCUCGGCUUGCCGUAGGAAGCAAGGUGCCCAACUUGCCAGCACUAGCUCCAUCCAGGUUCUUCCGUCAAAAAAAGCUCCAUCCAGCUGAGUAUCAGAUAUUCAGAGUAUAGGGAGUACUUCUUGUCCCGAAGGCAGCUGAUGAGAAGGAAAACAGAGAUGGUGCGGAGCACCUGCUGCGUGGUGCUGCUCUUGCUCCUCAGCGUUGCUGCUCGAUCGGCUUCGGCCAUCAUGGACGGCCUGCUGCCGAAUGGCAAUUUCGAGGAGGCGCCGGACAAGUCGCAGCUGAACGGCACGAGGGUGAUCGGGCGCUACGCGAUACCGCAGUGGGAGAUCUCCGGGUUCGUGGAGUACAUCGGGUCGGGCCAGAUGCAGGGUGACAUGCUCCUGCCGGUGCCGGAGGGCGCGUACGCCGUGCGGCUGGGCAACGAGGCCUCCAUCCAGCAGCGGCUCACCCUGACGCGGGGAAUGCACUACUCCGUCACCUUCAGCGCGGCGCGCACCUGCGCCCAGUCCGAGCUCCUCAACAUCACGGUCACCCCGGAGAUCGGCGAGGUCCCCAUCCAGACCGUGUACACCAGCAGCGGCUGGGACUCCUACUCCUGGGCGUUCAAGGCGAGACGCAGCGACGUGUCGCUCAUCGUUCACAACCCUGGCGUCACCGAUGACGCGGCCUGCGGCCCCCUCAUCGACUCGUUCGCCAUCAAGACUCUGCAAUCUCCUCCAAGCACCAAAGAUAACUUGCUGAAGAAUGGGGGCUUCGAGGAAGGCCCGUACAUCUUCCCCAACACGUCGUGGGGCGUGCUUGUGCCGCCGAUGGACGAGGACGACUACUCGCCACUGUCGCCAUGGACGAUCAUGGGAUACACCAAGUCCGUCAAGUACGUGGACGCGGCGCACUACGCCGUUCCAGGCGGCGCACGCGCGGUGGAGCUGGUGGCCGGCAUGGAGGCGGCGCUGGUGCAGGAGGUGUGCACCGUGCCCGGGCGGUCGUACCGGCUGGAGUUCUCCGUCGGGGACGCCGGCGACGGGUGCGUGGGGUCCAUGUCCGUGCAGGCGUACGUGUCGCACGGCAGCGUGAAGGUGCCGUACGAGUCGCAGGGCAGGGGUGGGUACAAGCGCGGGGUGCUCGAGUUCACGGCGACGGACAAGCGGACGCGGGUGGUGUUCGUCAGCAUGGCCUACACCAUGAAGCCCGACGGCACGCUCUGUGGGCCCGUCGUCGACGACGCGUCGGUCGUCGGCGUCCACAGCCAUCGCCGGCUUCUUCUGUAACAUAGGCUAACGUCAACGUGGCAUUCAUUUUGUACUGCGCCUCUCCGGUUCGUCGGAAAUUAUGUAUAGUUCGAUGAUACACAUAUCAUUGAAUUGAGUUUCCUGCACCGGAUUUUCUCAGUAGGAAGACGAACGGAUUUGAGAUUCAGAUGUAGUCCUUCGCCUGUCGAGGGUUAACUCAGACAUCUGAGCACCAGAAAAUGUUUUCGCCUGUGCUAGAUUUCAUUACAAAUUAGAAGCUGGAUGAAUGCAUUAGUUUUAGUAGAGUGCUACUGAAAAUACACUAUGUUACACCAAGAUGCAUUGUUUUAACAUUGUACUGCUAUACUCCAUUUCAGUAGUAGAAAAAAUAUUGUACUUCUAA